AAGAUAUCAGUAUUCACUAAAAAUGGAGCUUUAAGCAGCGCCUAGGCGGGCCUCUCUAUCACUCUCAACUCUCAACGCUUAAGAAACACAAUCGCCAGAGGACGACGGCGAUCGGGACUUGCCUUUGAUUUUGACGAAGACCCACUAUUCCGUGCAGCAGAGCUCGAUUGCCGUUUUGGUUAAUUUGAGAAGCUACAUGAGUGGCAUCAGACAGAGGACCCUUGGGGGUGGGGGUCAGCAUGUUCUGGACUAUCUAAAAAGAAUGCAGGCAGACAAUCCUGCUUUCUUUUAUGCCGUUCAGAGUGAUAGUGAUCACUCUAAUGGUAAUAUAUUUUGGGUGGACGCAACAGCCAGGAUGAACUAUACAUAUUUUGGAGAUGCUGUUAUAUUUGACACUUCGUAUAGGAUAAACCGCUACAGGGUACCGUUUGCCUCAUUCUCCGGAUUUAAUCAUCAUGGCCAGCCGGUGUUGUUUGGCUGUGCGUUAGUUAUUAAUGAGUCUGAGUCCUCCUUCGUAUGGCUAUUUCAAACUUGGCUUCAUGCAAUGGCUGGACGCUUCCCUGUCUCUAUCACUACUGAUCCAGAUAGGCACAUGCAAGUUGCAGUUGCGCAAAUUCUUCCUGAAACCCGCCAUCGCUUCUGUAAGUGGGCCAUAUUUAAACAAACACAAGAGAAGUUGGAUCAGCUGUAUCAUUCUCAUCCUACUUUCGAAACCGAGUUUAAGAAGUGUGUCAAUGAGAGUGAGACAAUUGAUGAGUUUGAGUCACGUUGGCAGUCAUUGCUCGGAAGAUACUACAUCAUGGAUAAUGAGUGGCUUCAAUCCAUGUACAAUGCUAGGCAACAGUGGGUCCCGGUUUACAUGAAGGACACCUUUUUUGGAGAGUUUGCUGUAAGUGAGGGAAGUGAAAGGUUAGCCUUGUUUUUUGAUGGGUAUGUGAAUGCAUCCACUACCAUGCAGGUUUUGAUUAAGCAGUACGAGAAAGCUUUAGUUAGUUGGCAUGAAAUGGAAUUAAAAGCAGAUUAUGACACUACUAAUACUAUGCCAGUUCUGAAGACACCGUCUCCUAUGGAAAAACAAGCUGCAAACCUCUAUACAAGGAGAAUAUUUAAGAAGUUCCAGGAGGAGUUGGUUGAGACCAUGGCAAAUCCUGCAACCAAAAUUGAUGACUCAGGAACUGUUGCCACCUAUCGAGUGGCCAAAUUUGGAGAAGACCACAAAGCUCAUGCUGUUAGUUUCAAUUCCUUUGAGAUGAAAGCUAGUUGUAGUUGUCAAAUGUUUGAAUAUUCAGGGAUAAUCUGUAGGCACAUACUGGCAGUUUUUAGAGCAAAGAAUGUUCUCACACUUCCUCCUCAAUAUGUAUUGAAACGAUGGACAAGAAAUGCCAAGAGUGGAGCUGGCGGAUCUAUGCUGGAUGAACGUGCUUCUGAAUCGCCAAGCAAUUCUCGAGAGUCUGUAACAGUUAGGUAUAACAAUCUACGUCAGGAAGCAAUCAAAUAUGUAGAAGAGGGAGCAAGGUCUAUCCACAUAUACAAUGUAGCGAUGAAUGCUCUACAGGAAGCUGCUAAGAAAGUUGCUGCUAUGAAGAAUAAAGGUUCUGGAGCUACACAGGGUAGUUCCCUUGCCAAUGGAGGUAGCCAAGAAAUUCCUGCGACUGAAGCGAAUGAAAUGGCAGGGUAUCAAUCCACGGAUGAGAAGGAAAAGAAAAUCCGCGAAUUGUCUGCUGAGUUGGAGGACACCAACAAACGCUGUGAAGUUUAUCGUGCAAAUCUGCUUGCUGUUCUACGAGAUAUGGAAGAGCAGAAGUCGAAGCUUUCGGUGAAGGUUCAAAGUGCAAGGCUAAGUCUGAAGGAGUGAAUGCUAUCUUAGCCACGGGUUAACGUCCUCUAAUGUCAAUACUAGGAAGCUGUAACGUUAGGUCUUCGCCGUCUUUAGCCAUUUGUAACAGUUUAUUACUUAUUUGUGACAAAUUCAUGCUUUAUUGUGAUUUUGAAUAAUUAAUAACCCGUUUCAUAACCA